CUAUUAAUUUUUAUCGAUGGUAACAUCUCUCGUUUCGCUCGACAGUAUGAUGUUGUUAUGAAAAAGCGGGUUCGUGUAAUUUCGAAUUGUUUUGAGGAAAAUAAUGAAACGAUCGGCAUUAUUAUGUGGUUAACUGCACUUUCUCCUAUACUACUCCUGUGUAUAACAAAUCUUGAAGCGGAUAAAAGGGUUAAUAAGUACGUGACGACCCUGAUAGAUGCAAAAUGGAAAGAGACGCCUUUAGCGCUCGAAGCAGCCGAGUAUUUAAGCGAUGAGAAUUCAAAUUAUUUUUGGAAAUUUAUAGACACCUUUGCAGAUCACAAUUUUGGAAACGAAAGAGAUAAUUACAAUGCCGUUAUUACGUUCGCCGAGGAGUAUUUAUCUCCUUCCGAAGUAGCGUUGCUCAAAUUAGGUUUGUCAUUACGUAUUUAUUCAGCACGAGUGGAGAUGUUUACUCAAAUGGCAGAGAAUAAAAACAUUUCCAGCCUUGAUUGUUAUAACAUAGUAGAUGUCGGUGGAAAAUUUACUUGUUCUUUAGAAGAAUUGGAUAAUUUAAUCGACCAAGAAACUUGGUUAAAUCCUGAUACUUAUAGCGUAGAUCAUCGUUAUCGUGUGUCUCAACAGUCCGAGAAUGUUAUUAUAUUGUAUGGUCAAAUCGGAACGCCAAUGUUCUCAGAUUUCCAUAAUAAAUUGAAAGAACUUUCAGAAACCCAGGGGAUCAACUAUAUUUUGCGACAUUAUUUAAAGGACAGAUCGGAGAAACAUGUACGUUUGUCAGGAUAUGGCGUAGAAUUACAAAUGAAGUCCACGGAAUACAAAGCAACAGACGAUUCGGACAUCAAAGAUAACGCUGACAAAGAUUCUGAAACUUACAGCGACAGUAUGGAAGAAAUAGAUGGAAUCAAUUUUGUGACUUUAAAAAAUUUGUAUCCUGACAAGCAUGCAGAGCUGGAUAAGCUGCAGACUCAUUUGCUCGAAAGUAGCCAUGAAAUCGGAGCGUUGAAAGUAUGGCAGUUUCAAGAAUUAAGCCAUCAGGCAGCUGAGAGAAUUAUGAACUCACCCACGAACGACGCUAUAAACGUUUUGAUCGAUAUCUCGCAAAACUUCCCGAUGCAAGCGAAAUCUUUGAUCAGAACGAAAGUAAACGGCGAUAUGAAGAAGGAAAUGAAACUUAAUCAAAUGAUAUUUGCCGCGAGUUUAAAUAUACAACCCACGGAUACCGCGCUCUUCGUUAAUGGGCUAUUCUUCGAUUUGGAGGCUGUGGAUGUACUCGGUCUUCUCGAAUCGCUGAGAAGCGAGCUCAAAAUAAUGGAGUCUCUUCGUAAAAUCGGAUUUAGUAAUACAAAGAUGAGCAAAUUGUUGGCGUUGGAUUUGUCCACCAAUAUGGAUAAGCAAGAGUUCGCGAUAGAUAUAAGAGACUCGGCUAUAAUUUGGCUGAAUGAUAUCGAACAGGAUGUAACUUACUCACGGUGGUCGCCGUCGUUAACAGAAUUAUUAAGGCCAACUUUUCUUCCCGGACUGCUUAGAAAUAUUCGAAGAAAUUUAUACAAUUUGGUGUUAAUCAUCGACCCCCUGAGCAAAGAAUCUACACCGUUGAUCACUUUGGCGCAAUCAUUGUAUUUCCAUGCUGCACCGCUACGCGUCGGUUUCGUUUUCGUAACAAAUUACGACACUUCUAUAACUGGUCUGACGGAUGCCAGUAUCGCGGUGAACAAUGUGUACCAUUAUUUUGCGGAGACCAAAGGAUCGGAACACGCCUUACAGUUUUUAAUAGACUUAGGAAAUUACAUUGGGCCGGAUGGCGCCACUGUCGACGAUGUGAAAAAAGCUUUAAAGGUCCAAGAUUCAUCUGCUAAUAUCAAUUAUAUUCUCGGCGAAGAGUCCGAGUACGAUGUAGGACGUCAUCUAGCUAGCGAUUUCGUGAAACGAACUGGUUUCAAGAAAUUUCCCCAAGCUUUAAUGAACGGUGUACCUUUGUCAGCCGAUCAAUUGAAUGCCGCCGCGUUCGAAGAAGCAGUUGUAUCCACCAUUAUGACGCAAACACCCGCGUUACAGAAAGCAGUGUACCGCGGCGAGAUGUCCGACGGAGACGAUGUGGUCGAUUAUAUUAUGAAUCAGCCGAACGUGAUGCCACGUUUAAACGUGCGAAUAUUAAAAGCAGAGAAGUACACGUGGUUGAAUUUAAUCGGUACUCUACCCAAGGACGAGAAUUACACCAAAUGGAGCCCGCAAGAUCUGACAACGUGGUUGAUGAGUAGAAUGCGUUAUGUGUACGUACUGCGUCGUACGAACGUGCACCAUUUGUACACCUUUUGGGUGGUGGCGAAUUUGAACGACCCAACAGGCAGGCAACUGCUACGCGAGGCCCUCGAGUACAUAGAAUCGAACGCUGACGUUAGGCUUUCCGUGAUCAUUAACUCGCCAUCCGAGCCAAAUGUCGAUUCCACGACCGACGUAAAUCAGAUAGUAUUAGCCGCGUUGGACGGUUUGCCCAUAGACAAGGUCUUGCGUUUCGUUCGUAAGGUAAUCCAAGAAGAUGUUGCUGGCGUUAUCGCUGACGGCAAGUUUGAAAUAGAGGAAGAAGCCGUGAGGGAAAGCUUGAAGAAGCAAGUCGACGAAUUGUCUAUCCAUCGGUUGUACGUUAAAACGGUAUUGAAUUUAGAGAAAGGAACCAGAGCAAUCGUAUGCAAUGGAAGGUUAAUCGGUCCCCUGGACGUAGACGAAGAAUUCACCAGCGAAGAUUUUUCGUUGUUGGAAAGGUUCAGUCACAACAGUUACGGGGACAAAUUGUUUAAGAAAUUAAUAAAAGGACAGCUACUAGAGGAUGAUGAAUACGAGAAGAACGAAAUCACGGACGACAUGAUUAUGAAAAUCACGUCGUUGUUAGUGUCGCAUCCUCAGACACGUAGUCGAUUCGAUGUUCCUUUUCACGGCGAUGACUACAGCGCCGUGAAGAUCCCAGCAGCGAAUCCCGACGAAGUGGUGUUCAAUUUGAUAGCUAUCGUAGAUCCUGUGUCUCGCGGUGCUCAGAAAUUGGGCCCGAUUUUGAGAACGUUGCAGCAGUCCUUCAACUGCAACAUUAAAGUGUUUCUGAACUGCGUGGAGAAGAACAGCGACAUGCCGUUGAAAAGUUUCUAUCGGUUCGUGUUCGAGCCACAGCUACAAUUCUCCGCCGAUGGUCACAUCAACGGUGCUAUGGCCAAGUUUACAAAGUUACCAACAUCGUCUCUUUUGACGCAAUACAUCCACGCGCCAGAGAAUUGGUUGGUAGAGGUAGUCAGAAGCGUUUACGAUUUAGAUAACAUCAAAUUGGACAAUGUCGCGAUGGGAGUGCACAGCGAAUUCGAAUUGGAGCAUUUGCUGCUCGAAGGGCAUUGUUUCGAAGCGGUUAUCGGAAAUCCACCGCGAGGGCUGCAAUUCACUUUGGGAACGGAGAGGCAGCCGUUAAUGGUGGACACCAUAGUGAUGGCGAACUUGGGAUAUUUCCAACUGAAAGCAAACCCCGGCGAGUGGGUGUUACGCCUUCGACAGGGACGAUCGGCGGAAAUAUACGAUUUCACUACCGUCGGCGGACAAGAUGUCAUACAAAAUGGCAACGACGUUAAAGUCGUCAUAAGCUCGCUGAAGAGCCACGUGUUGCAGGUCAAAGUGUCCAAGAAGCCGGACAAGGCUGAAAUGGACCUCCUGUCCGAAGACGAGAAAAGUUCGAGCUUGUGGAAUUCCAUUUCAAGGACGUUCGCGAAAACAGACGAUGGCGACGACCAGGACGAGAAGCUGAACAUCUUUUCCCUGGCGUCCGGCCAUUUGUACGAAAGAUUUCUGAAGAUUAUGAUGCUUAGCGUCAUAAAGCACACGAAAAGUCCCGUGAAAUUCUGGUUCUUGAAAAACUAUCUUUCGCCAACGUUAAAAGACUUUUUGCCGCACAUGGCGAAGGAGUAUGGUUUCGAGUACGAGUUAGUGCAAUACAAAUGGCCACGCUGGCUUCAUCAACAGACCGAGAAACAGAGAACGAUUUGGGGUUAUAAAAUUCUAUUUCUGGAUGUACUUUUCCCUUUGAAUGUUAAGAAAAUAAUAUUCGUCGAUGCCGAUCAGGUGGUCAGAGCAGAUUUGAAGGAACUGGCGACGAUGGACCUGGGCGCAGCACCCUAUGCGUAUACGCCAUUUUGUGACAGCAGGAGGGAAAUGGACGGAUUUAGAUUUUGGAAGCAAGGCUAUUGGCGAAAUCAUUUACAAGGUCGUGCUUAUCACAUUAGCGCCUUAUACGUGGUAGACUUGAAACGAUUCAGACGCAUCGCGGCUGGCGACAGGUUGAGGGGGCAGUAUCAAGCGUUGAGUCAAGAUCCCAACAGUUUAUCGAAUCUCGAUCAGGAUCUGCCUAAUAACAUGAUUCACCAAGUGGCAAUAAAAACAUUGCCUCAGGAGUGGUUGUGGUGUGAAACUUGGUGCGACGAUGGAUCCAAAAAAUACGCUAAAACCAUAGAUUUGUGCAAUAAUCCAAUGACCAAGGAAGCUAAACUGCAAGCAGCCGUGCGGAUAUUACCGGAAUGGGUAGGGUACGAUGAUGAGAUAAAAGCUUUACAACAGAAAGUGGAAAAUAGGCAAACGGAGAAGGAAGAGCACGAGUUUAAAGAGGAGAGCACGGAAGAAAGUGUCGAGAAGCACGAAGAACUGUAGACGAGUGGUAUAUAGCGUGAAAAAGGUAUUGCAGAAAUGGCAGGUAACUGAAAAUGUUUAAAAAAAUUUCUGAUGAUUAAUCAGUUUUCGAAUGUCUGUGAUUAAAUGUUGCAACGUUCUUGUUUCGCGAGGCACGGCUGCAUAGAAAUGUGCAUUUUAAAAGUUUCGUUAUCCGUCUACGAUUGUUGCGUAUUUGGAACAUUUUUUUUCUACGAAUUGUUGAACGUCUCAGACAAACCGAAUAUAACAAAAAAACGUUAACCGAUAUCGAACAUAGGGCUCGGUGAGAGAAAAAAUGAAUUUCGAUAGCGUUUACCCCGUACAUCGAUCGUGCGAAGAGGGAAGAAAUGAAAACGUCGCUUAAGGAUCGAUUUUUAUUCGGAUAGACGGUAAAUACGACUUUACCUGUACUAUUGCAAACGAUUCGAUCAUCGGAACACAUUAACCAUCAAUUGCAGUAUUGUAGUUGAUCGUGGACACAAAACAAUGCUCGUAAUGUGAACGCGAUUGUGAUUUUGUAUCGUCUACUUCAUAGUUGUAAGAAAUAAACCUCGUAACGUUUGUAA